AUGGGUGUGGAGGGAAACAAACAGACGAUCUUGAGCAAUGAUCAGAAGAACACCACAUAUAAGAAAUCAAACCCUAAACUAACUUUACUACCUCUAAUCGCCCUAAUUUUCUAUGAAGUUUCCGGGGGUCCAUUUGGUGUAGAAGAUUCAGUCAAAUCUGGAGGCGGAGCUCUACUUUCAUUACUAGGGUUCUUAGUUUUCCCCAUUUUCUGGAGCAUCCCAGAAGCACUAAUCACAGCCGAACUCGCCACAAGCUUCCCUGAAAAUGGCAGUUAUGUCAUCUGGAUAUCAUCGACGUUCGACCCUUUUUGGGGUUUCCAAGAAGGGUUUUGGAAAUGGUUUAGUGGGGUUAUGGAUAACGCACUUUACCCUGUAUUAUUUCUCGAUUACUUGAAGCAAUCACUCCCAAUCUUCGAUCAAUUAUAUGCUAGAAUCCCAACCCUUUUAGCAAUUACUAUCUUAUUAACUCAUCUGAACUACAAAGGGCUUCACAUUGUCAGAUUUUCUGAUGUUCGUCUUGCUUCUUUCUUACUCCUUCCAUUUGCAGUCAUGGGUAUUCUUUCAAUCCCCAAAAUCAGGCCUAAAAGAUGGAUAACUUUGGAUUUCAAGAAAGUUCAAUAA